UAUUCAAUGUUUCUUUGUAGUUAAAUAAUAUUUCAUAAUGAAGACAACUGAAGAUGGAGAAAUACGUAUUGAAAAUUCAAAUGAAGACAGACGAGCACCAUCUUGCUGUUUUUGUUUAGAUGUCAGAAUUGGAGCUAUUUUAAUUGGAUUGAUGUAUUUGAUUGUAUAUUCCGCAAUCAUGGUUGGAAAAACAUCAAAAGCAUUAGUGGAAGAGGAAAAGAAUGAUCAAGAUUGGAAGUACUAUGUUGAUAUGCAUGAAGUGAUCGCUCAACGCCAUAAUGUUGACCAAAAACUAGUUGGAAUGAUAAUUGCAUCAUUGAUCUUCGUUCUUGUUGUGUUGAUGAUUUAUGGAGCUGCUUUGAGAAGAUCGAAUUUCAUCGUUCCUUUUUUUUGUUGGCAAGUGUUUGAGAUGUGUCGAUCAGUUUUGAUUGCUGCUACCACCGUCAACCAAGCUGCUCGAGUAAAAUUUAUAAUGGAAAUGCAAACUGGUGAUGACAAACUUAUAAAUAUGAGCCUUCCUCGAUUCCGCAUGAUAUUGAUCACUGUUUGGCUUAUUGUUCUCACUAUUAUGUUGUACCUGAUGACUGUGAUCUGGGUUUGUUUUAAACACUGCAAGUCAGUUGAAGACCGACAGGAAAGAUUGGAAGCAAACCCCUCAUAUUUCGCCUAUCAUACUGCGGAUAUGGAUGCUGAGAAUCUUCUUCCAAGUUACGACGAUGUAUUGAAGGCCAACCCACCACCCGCGUACACACAGUAACGAGACAAGAAAAAGAUUCGUUUUAAAGGAGAUGACAGUGUUUUUUGUAUUUUGUCACUUGCAGGUGAAUUGUAGUAGUAAUAUGUAAGAUUUAGUUAAAAGCAUCUCGUAGUAUUUUGCUAUAUAUAUAUAAUACUCUAUUAAUUCAAAUACGCCAAUGCUGCAACGAAGUAUCAACUGAAAUAUAGAUCUACUUGUUCAACAUCCAUAUUUACGCUAGAGUUGAGUUCGUAAGAUUUUAUUUUCUCCACACUUUUGUUUAUACAUUGUAACAGAAAACGAGGGUGACGACUUAAUACUUGUAAUAAAAAAAAUAUUGGGAAAA